ACUCCGCAUCAUGCUCCUGCAAGGAUAGUUGUGAAACAACCGUGCAGAUGAUGGAGUGAAACGUGCUAUUUUCAUGCGUAGUGUAGUUGCUCAUUACGAUUAUUUAUUUAUUUUUCUUGGUGACCUCAUAGUAGUUGUUAUAGACCUAUUUAAAGAAGGAUCUGAAUCUGUUCCAGUGUGAAGAAAUGAGCUCUGUUAGAGAGGAAGGUAAAGAUAAAAUCAUCUUUGUUAGCAAAGAAGAUCAUGAAACACCCAGCAGUGCUGAACUUGUAGAAGAAGAUCCCAAUGACCCAUAUGAGGAGCGAGGUCUAAUUCUUCCUAAUGGAGAGAUAAACUGGAACUGCCCCUGCCUGGGCGGGAUGGCCAGCGGUCCCUGUGGGACUGAAUUUAAGGAUGCCUUCUCCUGCUUCCACUACAGUAAGGAGGAGGUGAAGGGCUCUGAAUGCCUGGAGCAGUUCAGGGCUAUGCAGGAAUGUUUACAGCGCUACCCAGAGCUCUACCCACAAGAAGAUGACGACACUUCAUCCCCCCAGACUUCACAAGACUCUGACUCUGUAGGUCAAUCAGGUGCAGACGUAGCACCUGCCUCUGACCAGGACUCUGAUACCACGAAGCCCGGCACAGAGACCUCAGCGGGGAGCUAAUGAUGAGCUUUCUGACGCGAGACGUGGGGCUUAAUCACAUUUCACAUUCACAGUUCACAGUCAUCUGUUUAUGGGACUAAAUUGAUGCCUAUAUUUUUCUUAAAAGGUUGUCAUUAGUUCUCCACUACUUAAAAUAAAUAAAUGAAAAGAAAUACUUUUGCUGUUUAGAGGUGUGCAUGAUGUUGGUUUGAAAGCUGAAGAAGAACGGACCAGUUGAAUCUAUCAGUGUGCAUAUUUUUUUCCAAAAAGGAGGCAGGUAAUUAGAUUUUUCAAAGCAGGUAUACUCUGGCAGACAAAAACAUGCCAUUUUAUUGUUGUUAAGGCCUGAUGCACUUUUCUUGUGGCUCUCAUGAUUAGAAGUCAUGUUUAAAUGGAAUUAAAUACUGUUUGAGUGAAGUUGUUUAAGAAAAAAAAAAAACGAUUCAAAUUCAAGAUUGUUCAAUUGUGCCGUUGUGCUCAUCCCAAACUGUUUAAAAAAACCUUUACUCAUGAAGCAAACAGGACCAAGUUUGCAUUACCAGUGAAUUCACUUUGUGUCUGCAGCUGAAUCUGCUUGUCCACUUUACCAUGAAAACAUUGGACACUGAAGUUACACCAAAAUGUUUUAUUUUUCUCUGUUGUCUCGUUUGCAUCCCC